UUGUGAGUUAUUAGAAGAAGCUCAAAGCUUGUAUUCAGCAGUUCACUGUGGAAGCAAUUGAGAGCUAUUACAAUAAGCAAAAAGGAAGUGAAAAUGGUUUUCAAAAGGCAUUGGACUGAUAUGUUCAAAGUACAACCCUCAACAUUAAUCAAUCAGGGGACUCAAAUGAGCAGUCAUUCAAUCUUGAACCGAGGUGCACAAGAGCUGAGAAAUCCAGAACCCAAAGCGAGGUGGAACCCUACAAAGGAACAAAUUGAGAUUUUGGAGUCCAUUUAUACGUCCGGGAAGAUAAAGCCCAGCAGAGAUGAUAUACGAAUGAUCAGAAUCCAGCUACUGGAGUUCGGAGAGGUGGAAGAGGCAAACGUCUUCUACUGGUUCCAAAACAGAAAGUCCAAAAACAGGAAAAGACAGCGCCGUCUCAAUCCUGCUAAAGAAAAUGGAGAUGGGUCUUCAUCAUCUAUUCAAGCCAGUACAGCCAAUCCCAUUCAAACCAUGGAAAAAUCAGGUUUCCCCACACUGCCAGCUUCUAUUUCUUCAUUUCCCAAUCAGCAAAUUCAGCAAAAUCAACAAUUCUCUGCUGAUCCACACAUUAACCUGCAACAAGCGUACCCACUGAAUCAUUAUCGUCCUCAUGAUGCUGCUAUCCCUUCUGUCCUAACUAACACUCGCCCAGAUACAAGAUUGGGUUUGGAUAGUGAUGGAUUGUUAAAUGUAAUGAUCGAUGGAAUGAAAUUUAAAGCACCCAGGGGGCCUAUAAAUGUGAAGGCUGCCUUCGGUCCAAAUGUGAUCAUGAUGGAUUCUGCAUACCACACCAUCCCCACAGAUGAACGUGGAUUCAGUGUGCAUGGCCUCCAAGAAGGGGGUGAUUAUUACUUGCUAAGUAAUACAGGAGGAGCAGUUCCACUGGCUGGAUUUCCCCAAGUGUAGAACUUUUCAAGCUUUCGGCUUCUUUGUUAGCCUGAGAUUCUAUUAUAAUAUAUGUGUGGAUGAUUGUUAUAAGGAUUUUUAGGUAGUUUUUUAUUUGUUUUUAACAGUUUUUCUGUUCUGCCAAUUUCUUUCAUACAUUGAAAGAACUUUCUUUUCUGCUACUCAUGAUAAGAGACAAGUCCAGUUAUCAUUGUCUCAUCUAAUCUAUAUAUAGAGUCGAAACUACUGUAAUUCGAUGUUAUAUAAAUAAAAACAA